AUGCUGCUGGGGAAGUUGGUGUCAUUUCUGGGCCUACCAGGCCACCACAGCAUCCCUACAUCUCUCUGGGACAGCUCCAUGGAAGGGAAGGGGUUUGGUGUCCUUGUGUCCCCACAUCUGACUCAGUGUCAUGGGAUGCUGGAGCUCAUCCUGCAGCAGCCCCAGACCUUCACUAUCCAGCUGCUCCAGACCACCACCUUCCAAAACACCUCAUUUGCAGACGUGGAGGGGCUGGGCCUGCUGGAAGACAUCGAACUUGGCUUUCUUGAUAAACACACAUGGUCCAUCCGCUUCUGCCAGCCCUGGGUGCGCCCAGCCCUGCCCCAUGCUGACUGGGACACCAUUGAAAACCUGCUUAAGAUCUAUUGGCACCAGUUCAACCAUCUAAUCAAUGAAGGGGCCAUGCAAUGGGACAUCCCAUACCCCUUUGUUGUUCAGUGCACAGCAGGCUGCAUGCUGUACCCCAACAGAACCUCCCGGGCCUUUGGCUAUGUGGGUUACAAUGGUCAGGAUUUCCUCAGCUUUGACACAAAGAAUUUAACCUGGACCCUCUCCCAGGACACCGAGUUGUCACGGUAUGUCCAGUCAUUUCUCCAGAACUACACUGCCCUGGGUGAGCUGGUGGAAGUUCUUUUCAAUGAUACUUGCGUCGAUGACAUGGAGGUGCUCCUGCACUAUGGGAGGGCAGCUCUGGAGAGACAAGAGCUGCCUGUGGCCACGGUCUUCGCCCGCACCCCCAGCCUAGACCAGCUGCUGCUUGUUUGCCACGUCACUGGCUUCUAUCCCCGUCCCAUCAGCGUGGCCUGGCUGCGGGAUGGCCAGGAGGUGCCUCCGGGCCCAGCGCUCAACACCAGCACCAUCCUGCCCAACGCUGACCUUACCUACCAGCUCCGCAGCAUCCUGGCCGUGGGCCCCCGUGAUGGGCACAGCUAUGUCUGCCGUGUGCGCCACCGCAGCCUGGGCACCCGCAGCCUUCUCAUCCCGUGGGGGAACUCAGAAGUGGUGCUGAUCACAGGGCUCGUGGCCGGGCUGCUUGCAGCCAUGGCCGUAGCUGCCAUGUCGGUGCUUUGGGUGUGGAGACAAAGGUCAGUCCCUGUCUGCGCCGUGGAGCAGCAGUGA